UUUCGACUAGACUCGUGGCCAGCCUGGCGUAUACUACCACGGAUGCUCGAGUGGAAAUUUUCUUACUAUCUCAAAUUGACGUUAUGAUAGUUACUGCUUCAGACUGGCUACGAGUCUAAGUUUCAACAUAAAUGUAUCCAUCUCGCAUCUGCGUCUUCAUACAUAUGAUUUUUAUCUCUCCACAAACACCGUGCCAGCUUCCCUUCACACCUGGAUUUUUUGAAGCUUUUCCUGCCAGCCAGCUUUCGCCAUUCAAUAUAAUCACCUACAUACCCGUGAGUCAUUUUUGGGCUCCAUCGCAGCAAAUGACUUUGAGAGUAGCUUUCUUUUUCGACUACGUCUUGGACUCGAUCAAAGCUAGUACAGCUCCUUCGGUGUGUGGGGGGUAUCAAGUUGGAAUACCGAUGAGACUAACAUUGAUCAUGAGUAUCGUUCUAGCUUUAACUCUUUUUUGAUGCAGAACGUCUCUGGAAAGUAAAGCGUACGAGCACCAUAGAUCCUCGUGGACCGCACAAUA